AGUCAUUAUUGGUGCUAUUAUUGUGCUUAAGUAUAAUUAUACAUUCAGCUCAGCGUUGUCUGCGUAGACCGAGAAAGAGACAGACAGAGACAGAGAGAGGUAGAGAGAGAAAGGGGAGAGAGAGAAUCAGAAUCGUCUGAGCUUUUGUUGGGGCAAGUUUGAAAUUUUUUGACUCGGGAGGGUUCGAGUUCAACGAUGGCGAAUCGGGAAGGCGGCGAUCUGUAUCCGGAGCUAUGGAAGGCCUGCGCGGGCCCACUCGUCGAUGUGCCUCGCGUCCAGGAGAGAGUACUCUACUUUCCACAGGGCCACAUGGAACAAUUGGAGGCGUCAACGCCAACAAAUCAGGAACUGAAUCAAGGGAUUCCGCAGUUCAAUCUUCCCUCGAAGAUUCUUUGCCGCGUCGUUAACGUUAACCUACUGGCUGAGCAGGAAACAGAUGAGGUUUAUGCACAGAUUACUUUAAUUCCAGAUGCAAAUCAAACGGAGCCUACUAGUCCUGAUCCAUGCCUUACUGAACCUCAAAGACCUGCAGUUCACUCAUUCUGCAAAGUUUUAACUGCCUCUGAUACAAGCACCCAUGGCGGGUUUUCUGUUCUUCGGAAACAUGCCACUGAAUGCCUUCCUCCACUGGACAUGACCCAGGCAACCCCAACUCAGGAAUUGGUUGCCAAGGAUCUUCAUGGUUACGAGUGGCGAUUUAAGCAUAUUUUCAGAGGUCAACCACGGAGGCACUUGCUUACAACAGGGUGGAGUACUUUUGUCACCUCCAAGAGAUUAAGUGCUGGAGAUUCCUUUGUAUUUCUCAGAGGGGUCAACAGGGAGUUACGUGUUGGAGUUAGACGUCUUGCUCGUCAACAGAGCAGCAUGCCAUCAUCUGUGAUCUCGAGUCAAAGCAUGCAUGUAGGGGUGCUUGCAACUGCAUCUCAUGCACUUGCAACCCAAACUCUUUUUGUCGUAUAUUAUAAACCAAGGACUAGUCAGUUCAUUAUUGGUUUGAACAAGUAUUUGGAGGCUGUCAACAAUAAGUUUUCAGUUGGAAUUAGAUUCAAAAUGAGGUUCGAGGGGGAGGAUGUUCCUGAGAGAAGGUUUCCAGGCACAAUUGUUGGUCUUGAAGAUGUAUCUCCUCACUGGGCAGAUUCAAAAUGGCGAUCACUUAAAGUUCACUGGGACGAAUCUGCAUCCAUUCCAAGGCCUGACAAGGUAUCGCCUUGGGAGAUAGAACCUUUUGUGGCAUCUGUACCUCCAAGCCUUCCUCAACCAGCUGUGGUGAAGAACAAAAGGCCUCGACCACCCACUGAAAUCCCAGCUCUUGAUGCAAUGAGUUCAACAGCGUCAGCUAUUUGGAAUUCUGGGCUGUCACAGUCCCAUGACAAGUCACCACUGAGUGUUUCUGCUGAAGGCAAAAGAAGUGAAAGUCAUGCUGGAUGGCAACCCCAACAGGCAGAUGUGAUCAGCAACAACUCUGUUCCAAGGACUCAGACUGAUGUGGGAUGGUUCUCUUCUCAGGCAGGUGGUUCUCCGCACAUGUUUCAGGAAACAAUGGAGGAUAGUAAAAGUGUUUCUGCUUGGCCUGUUUUCUCUGGAUAUUCGACUCCAAACUCAUCAAAGCUGAAAAAUGACUCAAUGUUUGACCAUGUUGAAAAAGAGAAGAAAACUGAGACAGCUACUAGUUGUCGAAUUUUCGGAAUAGACUUUACAAAUCAUUCUACAAGCUCCCUUGCCAUGGAGAAGGUACCUCCGCAACCAAUCAGUGGAUCUACUGGAACCCCUGAAGGACGUGUUAGUAACAUGUUAGCAGCCGAGUCAGACCAGAAAUCUGACCUUUCAAAGACUUCUAAAGAAGGCAAACCUGGACAGCUGCAAGUAUCACCGAAGGAAACACAGAGCAAACAUGGUUGCUUUACGUCCACCAGAAGUCGCACCAAGGUUCAAAUGCAGGGGAUAGCUGUUGGCCGAGCAGUGGACUUGACGACGUUGGAAGGAUAUGAUCAGCUUAUAGAUGAACUGGAGGAGAUGUUUGACAUCAAGGGACAGAUUCGCCACAGUAACAUGUGGCAAAUUGUCUUUACUGAUAAUGAAGGAGAUAUGAUGCUUAUGGGUGAUGACCCGUGGUCGGAAUUCUGUGACAUGGUGAAAAGAAUCUUUAUAUGUUCGAGUCAAGACGUGAAGAAAAUUAGCGCCGGCUGCAAACUUCCAAUGUCGUCACAAGAAGUUGAAGGGGGACCGGUAAUAAGCUCGGACUAACAUCGAUCAGGUUGUUGAUUUUUUUAGUUACCGCUUUGGUUUCGUUGAUUUUCGGGUCAGGUCGUUUGUUUGUUCGUGGAUGGAGGGAGGGAGGGAAGACUUCGGUUUUUGGGCACGAGGUGGAAGAAAAUUGAAGUUUGGAAGAAGAGGACAUCGGCUAAUUGAUAGCUCGUUUUUUAGAGCUAGCUAGACAACAUUUGACUGGAAACUGAAAAGGAUGUAAUGGCAAUUGUGUAAUUGUAAUGUGUUUGGUAGUGGGUAGGAUUAGGAAUCUGUGAAUAUUUUAAAGGCAAUUUGUGGUGGGUCGGAGGAGGAGUUGGGUGUUUUGAGUGUUUUGGUGGGUUUUUAGGGUAUUUUGCUCCAUGUGAUGCUGUUGUAAAUAUGUGUACUUUGGCAUUGUAAUAUUUUGGUGGUUAGUGUGUGACAGUAUGCAGUAUGCAAUCUCGUGUUGCUGGAUUAGUUAAUCAAUUAAUAUAAUUAGGCUUUGAAUGGUUUUUAAUAA